CUUGAAGCAGGCCUGGUCCCGUCCGACUAAACCCAAAUCCCGACCCCGACCGACGACGCGAGUCAAAGAGCAGCGGCGACCGCGCCCAUCACCACCACCACCCGCCUGACGGAGCCCUUCCCUCCCAUCGGCGGCGGAGAUGGUGGGGUGGCUCAAGGCGCUGGUGUACGGCGCAGGGGGCAUGGCGGUGGUGGGCCUGGCGGCGCUGGUGGCGCUGCAGGAGCGCCUCGUCUACGUGCCCGUGCUCCCUGGCCUCCCCCGCGCUUACCCCAUCAAUCCCUCGCGCUUCCGCCUCAUCUACGAGGACGUCUGGCUCCGCGCCGCCGACGGCGUGCGCCUCCACUCCUGGUUCCUCCGCCACUCUGCCACCUGCCGAGGUCCGACCAUUCUGUUCUUCCAGGAAAAUGCCGGCAAUAUUGCACAUCGUUUGGAAUGCGUUCGACUAAUGAUGCAGCGGCUACAGUGCAAUGUGUUUAUGCUUUCUUAUAGAGGGUAUGGUGAGAGCGAAGGUUAUCCUUCUCAGAGUGGCAUCACAAAAGAUGCACAGGCCGCACUUGAUCAUCUACUUCAGAGGAAGGACAUUGACACAUCCAGGAUAGUUAUCUUCGGGAGAUCUUUAGGAGGUGCUGUUGGAGCAGUUCUUGCAAAAAACAAUCCUGACAAGGUGUCUGCUCUAAUAUUGGAAAAUACUUUUACAUCUAUAUUGGAUAUGGCUGGUAUCAUGCUGCCCUUCUUAAGAUGGUUCAUAGGCGGUAGUUCUGCCAAAGGCCCAAAACUUCUUAACUGCGUUGUUCGCUCUCCAUGGAGUACACUUGAUGUUGUUGCAGAGGUCAAACAGCCCAUUCUCUUUCUUUCUGGAUUGCAAGAUGAACUGGUUCCCCCUUCACACAUGAGGAUGCUGUAUGACAAAGCUGUUGAACAUAACAGGAAUUGUAGGUUUGUUGAUUUUCUCAAUGGUAUGCAUAUGGAUACCUGGAUUUCUGGAGGGGACCGCUACUGGAGGACAAUCGAAUUGUUUCUGGACCAAUAUUCCCCAGAAGUACAGAGUUCUGAUGCCAGCUGCACAAGUGAAAUUGCUGAUGAUGGUGGUUGUUCUGCUCCAUUCCACCUGAAGAAGCCAAAGCUGUGAAUAUAUUUUGAGGUUGUUCUCCAUCCUGUGAUGCUGCUGCAUAUGUGUAUGGAAUGACACAUAUAUAUUUCUGAGCCUGGCUCGGCCUUCAACUCCCGAGUUUCUGUACAAUGGCUUCAUUCAAGUAUUUGCAAUUUAUUGGAACUAGUACCGAAUGUUAGAAAAUCUGGCCUUGGUGUAUGACGGUUCAGUAUAGGGUAAUCUUGUUGGCUCGACCAUUUCGUUCUGUUAUUAUGACUGUUGCUACCAAUAUGUUUUUUUUUUUUGCACCUGCUGUGCAAAAACCUGCAGCUUUCCUUAGAAGCUGUGCAUUGUGCAAGGCAAUGUCUUUGUUUCUGAAACUGCUUCCACCCAGGGCUUCUUUGGUUUAAA